UGCGCGCCGCCUUCUACUCCAUCGUGGGGCUCAGCAGCCUCGGGGUGAGGGUGGCGGACGAAAAGGCUGCAUGUAAGUUCAUCAAAUCUCAUGUGGACUCCAGCAGUGUUGAAUCUCUCUUUUAUGCUGCCCAGGCCAUGCAAAUCCUGUCAGGCUGUGAGGUCACCAUUUCAAAUGAGACCAGGGAGCUGCUGCUGGCAGCUGUCAGUGAGGAUUCCUCAGUCACCCAGAUCUUCCACGCUGUGGGUGCCCUGAGUGGCUUUGGCCUUCCCUUGGCAUCCCAGGAAGCUCUGAGUGCCCUCAGUGCUCGGCUCAGCAAGGAGGAGAGCGUGCUGGCAACCAUCCAGGCUUUGGAGACUGCAUCUCACCUGUCCCAGCAGGCAGACCUAAGUAGCAUUGUUGAGGAGAUUGAGGAUCUUGUGGCUCGCUUGGAUGACCUGGGUGGAGUUUACCUGCAGUUUGAAGAAGGAAUUGAGACUACUGCCCUGUUUGUUGCUGCUGCCUAUAAGCUGUCAGACCAUGUGGGUACAGAGCCAGCAAUAAAGGAGGAUCAGGUUAUCCAGCUGAUGAAUGCCAUUUUUAGCAAGAAGAACUUUGAGACUCUGUCAGAGGCUUUCAGCAUUGCUCGUGCUGCAGGUGCCCUGUCCCAGAACCGCUUCCACCUGCCCAUCAUCAUUGUCCCUGAUGGCCCUGCAGCUGUGUCUCAUCACCAGCCCCUGCUCAGGCUUCAAGUGACCAAUGUUAUGUCCCAGCUCCUGACUCAAGUUUCUGUAAAGCUGGACCAAGCCAAGUCUGUGUCCAGCAAAGCCACUGUCCUUCAACAGCUACCAUUUACUCUCUCUGGAGAUUUCUUUGAGCUGAACUUCAUGAAUGUGAAACCUGCUAGUGGAUAUUAUGAUUUCUCUAUCAGUGUCGAUGGAGAUAAGCGAUUUAUUGCUAAUAAAGUGGAGCUGAAAGUAAAAGUUUCCACAGAAGUGGGGAUUACUAAUGUAGAUCUUUCUACUGUGGAUAAGGAUCAGAGCAUUGCACCAAAAACAACCAGGGUGGCUUACCCAGCCAAAGCCAAGGGCUCAUUCACUGCUGACAGCCAUCAGAACUUUGCUUUAUCCUUCCAGCUGAUAGAUGUGAACAGUGGAGCUGAACUCAUCCCUCACCAGACUUUUGUUCGGCUUCACAACCAAAAGACUGGCCAGGAGGUGGUGUUUGUUGCAGAGCCAGACAGCAAGAAUGUGUACAAAUUUGAACUGGAUACCUCUGAAAGAAAGACUGAAUUUGACUCUGCCUCUGGGACCUACACUCUUUACCUGAUCAUUGGAGAUGCCACUCUGGAAAAUCCAAUCCUUUGGAAUGUGGCUGAUGUUGUGAUCACAUUCCCAGAAGAGGAUGCACCAUCCACAGUCCAGUCCAAGAACCUGUUUGUUCCCAAACCUGAAAUCCAGCACCUCUUCAGGGAGCCUGAGAAGAGGCCUCCCACAGUGGUCUCCAACACUUUCACUGCACUGGUUCUCUCCCCACUGCUUUUGCUGCUCAUCUUGUGGAUCAAGAUAGGUGCCAACAUCUCCAACUUCAGCUUUGCUCCCAGCACCAUUGUUUUCCACUUGGGACAUGCUGCAAUGUUGGGACUCAUGUAUGUGUACUGGACUCAGCUCAACAUGUUCCAGACUCUGAAGUACUUGGCCAUUUUGGGUGGCAUCACAUUCCUGGCAGGCAACAGGAUGCUGGCUCAGAAAGCUGUGAAGAGGAUCGCUGCAGAGCAGAGCAGUAGGUUGGCAAAGUAUAGAACGCUGCGGUAAAAGGGGGUUUGCUAGUGACCAGCUCUUCAGGAAGACACAAUAGUACCAGAAGAAUGGAAGAAAUGUGGAAAAACAAAGCAAAUGCUUUCAGAACAGAA